AUGUAUGCGGUGGACCGCUGUCCAUAUUUAAAGAUUGAUCUCAUAUGGAACAACAAGAACUUGUGGAUCAAUAUGCAGGUCUGCAACGCCGCGCAGGUGCAGCUCGACCUCUACAACUCCCGGUGCUUCGAGUUCGUGAUGCUCGACCCUGACAUCGUGGCUGGCCAGAACGGCCAGAACGGCGAAGACGCGGGCGUCGGAGUGGCACCCGAGGACGCCGAGGCCUCCAGAGCCUACCAGGCCGCGCAGCUGCUGGACAUGCCCCCCCCGUGGAGCGAGAGGCCGGACAUCCCGCGCGAGAAGUUCCACGAGCGCUGCUACAUGGGCGAGAAGACGAUCUUCUACCACAAGUGCAAGGUCGAGCAGUACGCGCCCUACACCCAGGAUGACGGGCUCGUUCAGCGCAUCACCCUCUACAAGGACGUGCGGCGACUCAUCCCCCUGGAGAUCAGGGAGCGCUUCAGGCACGGGCUUCUCUAA